GUCGUGAAUCGCUUGCACGGCCGAGCAGCAACCAAGGCCGUGCCCGUUCUCUGAAUCCGAAAGAUGGACAACCACGAAGCGAAGUCCAGAUCUUCUGCACGGCCAGCUUCCGCUAUUGAAGACCGCGAACUCGAGCUCAAGGAGCGGUUGCGCAGGGAAAGAGACCAAGCUCAAUCCAGCCAUGAUGAGCGGCAGCACCAUCUGGAUGGGGAGGACAAACGCCGGGUAGAAGAUCGUGCUGAAGAACCGAGCUCACGAAGAGACAGAGGGUAUGACGAUGUAUCGGAAGGCUUUCGUGAGAGGCAACGGGGGUACGAAAGGCGCAGCCACGAGAAUGGCCGACACAGCCCAGACCCGAGCUUUGGCUGUCAUCAAGGAUACGGCCCUGCAGGACGGCAAUACAAAGACGGCCGCUAUGAAGGAGGCUACAAAGAGAGGGGUCACAGAGAACACGUCGACGUUUACAGCCGCCGUUCGCCACCCCCCCAGCGUCGAGCUUCUCCAUCCUACGAGCCUUACGCUGCCGGCGACAGUCGCAGCAAUCCUCCUCGUCCCCCCGGUCCACCACCAGUUCGUCCUGCGAACGCACCACCGUCAAGGUACUUUGACCGCCCGCUGCCGGAUGCCUCAUACAGGUUGGAUCAGCCGGAGCAUACCGCGCCAGGUACGCAAGGCGGUGGAUGGGGCCGUCGCGGCGGAGGGCACUUGCCCGACCAAGGCCAGGGGUCGGAAGGAAGCUUCUUCGCCUCUCGACAGGCGCAGCGCGAUUCGCUCGCAAAGCAGGUGGUCAUAUGGCCCGAGAGCCCGCGCGAGCCAUAUCUCUACUCGGAUGAGGAGCGAGAACGACGCAGGAAGGAGAAGGAGAGGCGGAGAGAGGAGAGAAGCUCGAAGGGCCACCGCAGCUCACGGCACUCUCGCUCGCACUCGCAUCGAAGCUCGAGAGACAAAGAUGCGGACAAAAAGAGCAGGUCGCAUCGUCAUUCCAAGCACAGCUCACGGCAUUCCAGCACACACAAGAGAGAGUACAGCACUGACGAAUCCGGAUCUGAAUCUGACGAUUCACGCGAUUACGAUCGAAAGCACCGCAGCAGUCGUCGCCAUCGCCGUCGCGAGGAUGGAGAUGAGCGGAGACACUCUUCCAGCGGCAAGAGGCACAGACGUAGUCGCUCCGUAGCCAGUGCGAGCUCGUUUGCUUCGCGCGACGCCCAUUCAGAUAACGAGCGCAGCACGACCAGAAAAGAUUCUGAGAACAACAGCAAUGCUCUCACACAAAAAGAAAAGUGCAAGAAUGUGGCGAACGAAGACGACAGCGACGGCGAGGUCGGACCGCAGUUGCCGGUCUCGGAGGACGGAAAGCCAGUGGAUCCAAGAGUCUUUGGCGGAGCUCUUCUUCCUGGCGAAGGAUCAGCGAUGGCCGCAUACGUGGCGGAGGGAAAGCGUAUCCCGCGCAGAGGAGAGAUUGGCUUGACGUCGGAAAGGAUUGAGGCGUUCGAGCGGGCCGGGUUCGUCAUGUCUGGAUCGCGACACAAGCGCAUGAACGCUGUGCGAAUGCGGAAAGAGAACCAGGUCAUCAGUGCAGAGGAGAAGAGGGGCAUCCUCAAGCUACAGAAGGAGGAGAAGAUGAAGAAAGAGGCGCAGAUCGUCAGCCAGUUCAAGGAGAUGGUCGAUACACUCCAGCCGCCAGGCAGAUGACCUUCGCACAGUUGCACUGCACACGCGCUCGUCACUUGUAUUCAGCGAGGUGUGAACUAUCGAAGAUUGCGGC